UGACGGCGCUGUUGGCAUCGAAGGAACGAGGGAGGGGGAACCCGAAUGGAAGCCAUCGGCGCAGCAAAACCAAGUCAAUCGAGUUUGAAAUCACCAAAUAGAUAGAAAUAACCAAAAGUUAACUCUAAAAACUUACUUUAUUCUUGAUCUUGGUGCCACAAGGUUUGCUACACAACUCGAAGGAGUUCAAUUUGUGUUUGCUGGAAGUAGUUGCCACCUUGUUUAUAUUUUUCGAGCAAGCUUAAAGGAGGCCCAGUCGGGUGCAAGUGGAGAGCGGCCGCCUCGGAUUGUGAGUGGAGUGGUUUGGCCUGUUAGAGCGCCAAAGAAUAUGAAACAGACGUCACAAUGACAUCAAGAUUUGGCAAAACCUACAGCAGGAAGGGAGGGGACGGGAGCUCCAAGUUCGACGAGGUCCUGUCCAACAAGAGGGCCACUCUCAGUACCAAAUGGGGCGAGACCACCUACAAGGCCCAGCUGGGCUCCAAGCGGCCCAGCGUCAGGUCGGAGGUCCCCGAGCUCGCCAAGCGGCCCAGGCCCGCCGAGGACGAGGGCUCGGACGACCCCUUCGGCUUCGACAGCGACGAGGACUCAAAGCCGGUCACCUCCCGCAGCGUCCCUCAGCCCAAGGCCGCCCCCGCCAAGCCGGCCGCUUCCUCCGACCCGCCCUGGCUGGAGAGGCCCGGCCUGGCGUCGGAGCCCAACAGCUGGGUCAGCCAGCCGGCCAGCGUGGAGGCCGUGGCCCCCAGCAGGGUGGCCUCGGCCCCGGGCGGCGAGAAGAUCGCGCAGAGGUUCACGGACGACUUCAACAGCACCGCUGCAGGCAAGGCAUCACAGACGCGGUCCUACGAAAGCUCUGAAAAGCACAGCUACUCCUGGUACAAGAAUGCCUCAGAAAGCGACAAGAAGCCCGUCUCCCAGACCACCGCUCUGAAGACACAGGCCAAGGACCCGUUGGACAGCUGGAGCUCCAUCAUGGCCAUCCGCUCCACCUCCCCCAGCGCGGAGCCCAGAGACCCCCCUCCCACGUGGACCCCCAGGCAGGGCCUCGAGCCCAAAGCCUCGGGCGCCAAGGACGACUCGCCGAGCUCCGACCCGGAUUCCGACCUCGCCCACAAGCCGGCGAGCGGCGAGGCGGGGCAUGGCGACUGCGAGGCCUCCGCUAUGGAGACGUCCGAGUACGAGGACCACGCCCAGUCCCUCCUCCGGCCCUCCAACUGCCGGACCUACCACCGGCCCAACAAGGGCAAGACGGGCGCCGGCGGGGAGGGCCCCAACAGCAGCGGAGGCCCGGCCCAGCCCAAGACCAACAGCGUCGCGGAGAGCAAGCCGGGCGGGAGGGGCCGGACGAGAGACUACACGGUGCUGCACCCGUCCUGCCUGUCCGUCUGCAACGUCACCAUCCAGGACUCCAUCGAGAGGAGCAUGGAGGAGUUCAUCGGAACCACCUCCGCCGACCCGGGGGAGGCCGGCCGCCUGAGGAAGAAGACCGAGACGACCCCCACCAAACCCACCAGGUUCAGGCCCACGCAGAGCAAGUCCAAGAAGGAGACCAAGCUGGAGUUCUUCGGGUUCGAGGAGAACGAGGGCCUGGAGGUGGAGGGGGACCCCACGGCCUCGGGCAGCACCAACUACAAGAUCAAGUACUUCGGCUUCGACGACCUGAGCGAGAGCGACAGCGACGAGGACGAGGACACCCAGAGCAGGAGGGCCAAGAAGAAGGCCGCUGCCCUGGCCAUGUCCAUGAGCGACAGCCCGCAGCCCAGCGACUCCCAGGACAGCCAGGCCAGCACUAACACAGAUAUUCUGGAAUUCUCCGAUGACCCAGGUCUCACAUUACCGGAAGUGCAGAAGAGGUCACAGGGAAAACAAUCGGAGAAAUCCAAGGACGGCGGCAGGAAGAUUUUCAGCGGCCCGAAAAAGUCUCCCACGAAAGCGGUUUAUAACGCCAGACACUGGAACCGGCCGGAAGCAGAGGAGCUGCCCCCGCCCCUGUCUCGCUCACAAACUGCCCCGGCCAGUCUGUCAGGCGGCAGCAAGGAGACCAACUCCCACAAGAAAGACGACGGGGUGUUCAAAGCCCCGCCGCCCCCGCCCAAAGUCAUCAAGUCCGUCACCAUCCCCACCGAGCCCUACCAGGACAUCGUCACCGCACUGAAAUGCAGGAAAGAGCACAAGGAGCUGUACACUGUUGUCCAGCACGUUAAGCACUUCAACGACGUGGUGGAGUUCGGAGAGAACCAGGAGUUCACAGACGACUUCGAGUAUUUAGCUACAGGUCUGAAGAGUGGUCAGCCCCUCAACACGCGCUGCCUUAGUGUUAUCAGCCUGGCUACGCGGUGCGCCAUGCCCAGUUUCCGCAUGCACCUGAGGGCCCGAGGGAAGGUCGCCAACGUCUUCAAAACCCUCAACGACGCUCCGCAGCACCCGAACCUGGCCCUGUGCACGGCGUCCCUGAUGUACAUCCUCAGCCGGGACCGGCUCAACAUGGACCUGGACCGGGCCAGCCUGGACCUGAUGAUCCGGCUCCUGGAGAUGGAGCAGGACGACACCGCGGACGACCAGCUGACCGCCAAGGAGAUGGGCAAAGUGAAGGAGAAGAUCCGCAAGCUGUGCGAGACGGUGCACAACAAGCACCUGGACCUGGAGAACAUCACGACUGGGCAUCUGGCCAUGGAGACCUUGCUGUCGUUGACGUCCAAGAGGGCCGGCGAUUGGUUCAAAGAGGAACUCCGGCUUCUGGGCGGCCUUGACCACAUCGUUGACAAAGUGAAAGAAUGCGUGGAAAACCUCAGCCAAGAAGACGACAAGGAGAACCUGGUGGCGUCGUUAUGGGGAGCCGAGAGGUGUCUACGAGUGCUGGAGAGCGUAACCGUUCACAACCCAGAGAACCAGAGCUACCUGAUCGCCUACAAGGAGUCCCAGCUCAUCAUGUCCUCUGCAAAGGGCCUUCGGCACUGCGAGGAGAUGAUCCAGCGCUACAGCCGAGAGGUGAACAGCAGCCGGUCCUCCUCCGGGGCCGCCCUGCCCCACUGCAGCCACAGCAACGUGGGCAAGGCCGUGGAGGACUGCAUGCGAGCCAUCAUCGGCGUGCUGCUCAACCUCACCCACGACAACGAGUGGGGCAGCACGAAAACGGGCGAGCAGGAUGACCUGAUCGUGACGGCGCUCCACUGCGUGCUGAGGGUCCCGCAGUUCUUACCUCAGGAGCAGAGAUUCGACAUCCGAGUGCUGGGCCUGGGCCUCCUGAUUAACCUGGUGGAGUACAGCUCUAGGAACAGGCACUGCCUGGUGGAGAUGGAGCUGGACACGACCACGCCCUUCGAGACCUCGGUCUGCCUGACGGAGGGAGAGGCGCUGAAGUCCGGCGGGAUGCUGAACGCCAUCGCGGCUCUUGUGCAGCUCUUCCUGCAGAGGGAGCGCGCGGCCGUGCUGGCCGAGGCGGAGACGGACGACUUCAUCAACGACGCGCCCAAGCCCCAGCUAGACCAGAGCGGCGAGUGGCAGGAGACCUCCGGGGAGAUCCAGUGGGUGGCCUCCGAGAACAACACCAACGCAGACAACGACAACGACAAGAAGAAGGACAACAAGAAGGAGGAGGAAGAGGAGGAGCUGGACCUGAACAAAGCUCUCCAGCACGCUGGGAAGCACAUGGAGGACAGCAUCGUGGCCUCGUACACUGCACUGUUAUUGGGCUGUCUGUGCCAGGGGAGUCCAAUGAAUGUCACUACUGUGAGGGAGAAUUUACCUAAAGGCGAUUUCUCGAUAAUGACCGAAAUGCUAAAGAAGUUCUUAAAUUUCAUGAAUCUGACAUGUGACGUAGGCACCACAGGGCAGAAGUCCAUCUCUCGGGUCAUUGACUAUCUGGAGCACUGUUAGAGAGACCGGGUUCAGCGCUGGAUCUGUCAGAACACCGCUGUAACCGCCACCUCGCAACGGGACCGCCGAGAGACGUCACCCGGCAACCGGCCGCCACCCUCGCCAUCCGCAUCGCCAUCGUCAUCACCCCCGUCACCCCUCAACAGAGAUUAACGAGCUCCCUCUUCGUGUGAGGCGCUCGUUUGUCCCCCGGUCGAGGGUAGAUCUGUCUGAGCGUAAACUUGUUUGGGACGAGAAAGGUAGAAACUCAGCUAACCGACAAUAGCAUGAAAUUAUACACUGAACAAAGUGAGCCAGUUAAUCAUUCCUUGGGUUUUUUCAGUGGGAUAUAGGUGGUGUUGCCCCCCCCCUCAUACAAACAAAAACUCCGGAUUCAUUCGUCAACUUUUGCAUUAUGAAAGCGGAAUUAUUACUUCUUUUUUUUAUUGUGAAUGUUUUGUGUGCUCUGCUGUAGAAAAUGUUCCUGUUUUAAGUUGUAUUGUAUUCAGGCAGGUCAAAGCUUCUCAUGCCCCCCCCCCCCCCCCAGCACCACUACUGUCUGAGCGGGUGUAGUCCUGAGCAUGUGUACAGGUCAGGUACUCUUUACUGCUCCCAACUGUUCAGUGUUGCAUCAAAAGUAUCUGUGCCCCCCCCAAGAACCGCAUUUAAAAAAAAAACAAACCACGGAAAGAUAAACAACGUUUGAGCAGUAACCCAAGUACUCUGGCUCUCCACCAGCUUGGGAAGAGUAUCACACCAUCUCCAUAACCGAAGCCAGUUUCUCUUUCACUUUUUUAAAUUUUAUUGUGUUCCAGUCUCGUUUAUUUUUGACGGGCCGACGUCAAGCGUUUGAACAAAAAGCUGUUGGCAAGCACGCCCAGGGGAAGCUGAGAGUGCGGAGGCUACACUGGAAUCCCUUGUUCAGCGUUGCGUUCUCCGCAGGCGGUCCGAGAUUCAGAUUACACACAGAGAGGUGCGCGCGUCGGGUUUGUGCUAACAGGCAGCACUUGCUCAUUUUGAUUGCGGCCCCAUUACAACGCUGAUUCUGUAUCGCGUUGAGGCCGAUUAGGCGGUGAACGGCAUUGUGGGGGUUCGACAAAGUCCGGGCGCGUUGACCGGUCGCGCUCAGCGGUCACCUUGGGCAGGCACUGCCACUGACCGGGUUGCUUGUGGUCUGAACCAGGUCUGGUGCGCGCACUGCCCCAUUUUCUCCAUUGAGCGGUGCCAAAUAGAGGUACAUUUUUCAAUCCGAAGGUAAUGACGAUUUUAUAUUUCAUAGUGUACCACAGUUUGGAAAUAUUGGGUAACUAGAAGAACGAUCAUUCCCCUCCAUCCCUUCAAGAGGAAUUUUCAUGGUACAAAGUGUAAAAUUUAGAAAAGCUACAACGAACCCCCCCCCCCUUUUCUUUUAUAUUUGUGUGCGAGUUUGUUUGGAUCCAUCACCAGUGUAUGUAGUUGGAGGUUUCCAGUGAUGCUCCUUCCUCUGUAUAUAUGCAGGCUAACGUGGCAAUAAGUUUAUUCUCCACAAUGCGACUUGCUUUUUAAUAAAAACCGAGGUGUUUAAGCUUUUAUCCUAAUUUAACUAUGACAGAAAUCAGCAGGACUGGAAGAUCAUUUCUAACUUUACAAUUUUGAAAUAAAGCACUUGAAUUAAAACAAAGGAAUGCAUUGUUCAUGCCCUUACGCUUUCAUGAACAACCUUUCUUUAAAUGUUCACCCACCACCUCAUUGUCAGAUAGCUGAUACCCCCCCCCACACACACACACACACACACACACACACACACUUUCAUCCUCCCUCACCCUCUUGGAAUCGGAGAUGAACUGUUAGACUUUAUCUGUCUAUAAUACAGUAUUAGUGUGUUGCAUUGAGCUAAAGGAGAAAGCGUGGCUAAUCAAUGGCUCUAUUUCAUGAAGUGGAGCGGAGGCAGUUUUCUUUAUUUGCAGGGAGCUGUGAGAUUCUGCUUGAUUUGGUUUACCCUCCGGUAAACUCAUUAGUCCGUUAUAGUUUGUAGUGUACCUUCCCUCUGUACGGCCAAAGCUGUUUGCCUUACUCACUCUGACAUACUUUGCACCCUGCGACCCUGCCGGAGGUUGAGGUUGAAUAGAAAGCGCAGGAGGAUGGGAGUGUGGGGGAUUUUGAGUGGAGAUGUACAGAACUUGAGUUGCGAAAACAUGGAUGCUUUCCAGUUGACUCAUUUUGUUUAUAUUUCACACCUACGUGUUUUUCUUUUUCCUUUUUCUUCUUAAUGCAGUGCUGAGGCAUAGCCAUUACUUCACAGAUGUUCAGAAUUCAGGUUUCUCUUUAAACAUUCAGAAGUUCUAUGAAUACUUUGUAAGAUAGCCUCUUGUGCUCCUAGCCAUUUUCAGAUUAAUGUGAACCACACCGAGAGCAGUUUAAUAUGGUUUUCUCAUUUGUAAAACUUACGUGAACGUAAAGUUUACAAGAGGUUAAUUUACAAAGCUGAAAAUGAAUUAACACAAUGUAAAUACUUAUGUAAAUACUGGCUAUUGGAAAUUAGAAUGGUAGACUACUUUUCUGAAUCCAAUCCUAUUUUUAUUUUAUACAGUUUCUCAGUUGUGUUAUUUGAAGUAAAAUAAAAGGUAUAAAAGCCAACUGCAGGAAGAAAACCUUUGUACCAAUUUCAAGAAUAAUGUCUUUGGUUACCUGUAUAUAAUUUUAACUCGAAUAAAAAUUGCUACUUUCAGUACA